AUGGAUGAUGAGAGUUCCAUUUUAUGCCGUCUAAAGGAUAUUGGAUUAACUGACCUUCAAAAGGCGGUCAAGUACGGUGUAAAGUCGUCCGCCGGCUAUGACCCGCACACAAUGAAGCCAUUGCUCAAAUACACUUAUGCACAUGCCGACUAUAUCACGGAUGAGUCAGGAGCCAUUGAGAUUGGCUACCAACCAGAUGAAUAUCUCAAUCGCGGUUUAGUAGAAUACCCGGCCAGCAUCAACAUGUUGCAAAGUUGUGCCGAAGAGCGACAUCGGAAUCAAGCUCGUCGACAGAUAACAUCCCAUAUGAUUGUAGUAGUUGACCAAUCAGGUUCGAUGAGAAACAUUGUAAGAAACACCGAUAUAACAAGACUGCAGGCGGUGUACAAGACCAUCGCGGUCGAGCUGGUCGCCAAGCGAUUGAAUGAUUGUACAGCUACGUAUACAGAUGUUCUGAGCGUAAUAACUAUGCAAGAUGGUGCAGCAUGCGUGCUUGAUUGCCAUCCUUUUAACUGGCUUUUGUACAACAAAAUAUUGGCCUUAUCGAGUAGUUUACCGUAUAGUCACGGUAACUACUUGCCGGCUAUCAGACUGGUACAUGAUUAUGCAAUGAGAUAUCAGGAUUUGAAGCGCACUCCCGUAGCUGUGAUGUUACUAUCGGAUGGAGCUCCUUCUGACACUCGUAGUAAUGGACCUGACACUCUCUCAUCUAUGGAAUUUUUACAAUCGCUGUACGAAAGCAUUGUCAAGAUGAGUCAUGUACUGGGCAGUCGGUUGACAUUCAAUACAACACUCUUCACGAGCGACUAUCAACGCCUGGAAUAUCAUGGGCAGGUACUACGCAAGAUGACUAAUAAAGCAGUCGAAAAUGGAGCACAGGGUAUAUAUGACCGCGGAUCCGGCUCAGGGACCCUCCAUGGUUCAUUUUCAUCCAUGAUAACCACUAUGACAGCCACCAAGACACAUCUGCAGGAGUGGGGAGAUGCAGAGCUAAGCUCUAAAUACGACAGUCAGACGCGCGACACUCAAAAGGCGAAGAGUGCGAACGAUCCUGAGUUUAAAUACAAUCACUAUUUCCGUAAGAACGAUGCCCUCAAAAGGUUCACCUUCGUUCCGCACAAAAAGGGCGCUCAACGUUGGAAUGUUGCCGUUCCUCCAACGGGCAUUGAAAUUCAAGAUGCUCACUUUGGAGUUGGUGCUGAGAGAAUUGUUAGGUACAUGGAGAUCAUCGAUGUGUUCGGAACGGUAGUUUCUGCCCCGUUGGUGGCCAAGGAGGCCAAAACAAAAGGCGGACACAUAAUUGGCAAAGACUUCCAUAUUCCGUUCUUCACCACUCAGGCUCUCGCACAAGAACAGGCAAACAAUUUCAACGAGGCUGUAGAUAAAGUCGGUGUCAGUACAAAGGUACCAAGAGUUUCAUUCGUGACCUGCGAGCUAUACGCGUACAAUGAUGAGGUGAACAAUCGCCAAUGGAUUCUCGCGGAAAAGCGUUUGGACGAGUCAAAGUACAUCAAAUGGAAUGAUAAUAAUGGGCACGUGAGGGGCACACGUGAAGACUGUCUAAGGACGAAUGCGAAUGAGACUUCGUCUGAGCCCAUUAAGGAGAUAGUGGAGCUUUUGGCCACUUUGAGAGUGGGAAAGACAGUCGAGUUCGAUCCUUGCGAGCACGUGCUGAAGUACGAUCCAUACGAGAGCGUGAUGAAUCUGAUAGAGACGGGCGAGCUGGCUUCGGAUAGCGAAGAGGACAGUAGCGAGGGGGAAGGAUACGAAGACGGCUCUGUGGGUACGGAAUGUGUUCAGCUAUGUGAAGAAGUUGUCGAUGUUAACAAUCAUAUUCGUGAUGUUAACAAUGAUAUCCCUCCUGAUUCACAGUGUGUUUCAUCAAACGAGAUUCUGUCACACAAUUCCGUUGAAUCGCAUUGUAUAACCACAUCAGAAGUAAAACAGACACCGGAUAUCACCCAUAAGCAGCUUUCGUCGCCCACUGAUACUUUGCCAAUGGUGAGAGAGCCAGUGAAAGUCGAUACACUGGUUGUGGAGCUGGAGAAAAAAGUGCUCGAAGACGACGUGCCACAAGCGUUCACUCAUUUUACUUAUGCUCACACCAAGCGUGCACUGAUGGUGUGUGAUUUACAGGGCGUUCUGGAUCGAUCGCAAACGCCAGCGAUGUUUGAGUUUACAGAUCCAUGUAUCCACCAUCAUGAUACAAAUCAGCAACAAGCACGCCGAAAAGGCAAGAAGAAGAGACGUGCGCGUCGAAAGGUAUUUGGGCGCACAGAUCUCGACCGCCGAGGCAUGCAUCAAUUCUUCCGCACACAUGUGUGCAAUGCUCUCUGCGAGAUUCUAGGCAUUGACAAAGUAAAGGAGAUCGACAGAAAUGCGGGCGAACAACACCCUAGGUCGAGAAAUCAACGACGCCGACGCUGA